AAAAAAAAUCCAUUUUCGCUGCGAGUAGGGUUCGAACCUACGCGGGAAAUUCCCAUUGGAUUUCAAGUCCAACGCCUUAACCACUCGGCCAUCGCAGCAAAUUAUAAAUAGGAGUGUGGGAUUUUUUUUAUCUAUUUCAUUUAAAAUGUCGCUUUCAAAAGUUUUUAUAACACCUUUAAUACAUAACAGUUCUAAACAAAUAACUUAUGCAAGAGUUAGGAAUCCCUCGACUAUUUUAUAUAAGAAUUUCACUCAGAAUACAAGAUCAACUUUACAAACUCAAAUAAAAAAGAGAACAAUCAAAGAGAUUUUAUUUGCUCCAGCUGGAGAUGGAGCCUUUACUCUUGGUAGAGGUGCUUUAGCCGGUGGAUCGGCUUUAGGCUUAGCAGCUUUAUGUUACUAUGGUUUGGGUUUAUCAAGAGAUGUGGGCACACUAGACAAAUCAAUUCUUUGGCCAGAGAUUGUCAGAGAAAGGGUUAGAAAUACAUAUGCUUAUUUUGGAAGUAGUUUGAUAUUUACAGCUGGGUCAGCAUAUUACAUAUCAAAAAACCCCAAAAUAUUAAAUAUGUUUGCAAGAAAUUCAUGGAUAUCCAUAGGUCUUACAUUUGUUGCUGUUAUAGCAAGUGGGGCUUUAUGUAGAUCAAUUCCGUAUACCGAUGAAGGCUUAUUUGCAAAACAUGUUACAUGGAUCUUACACAAUGGAGUUUUAGGUGCUGUUAUUGCACCUCUAUCUAUGUUGGGUGGGCCAUUGUUAAUCAAAGCAGCUGUAUAUACUGCAGGGGUUAUAGGAGGUUUAUCAAUGGUUGCUGCUUGUGCUCCUAGUGAAAAGUUCCUAUCAAUGAAUGGACCUCUUGCAAUUGGAUUGGGAACUGUCUUUGUUGCUUCAUUAGGAAGUAUGUUCCUGCCACCCACAACCAUGCUAGGAGCUGGUCUUUACUCGAUAUCUGUUUAUGGUGGUCUUCUUGUUUUUAGCCUUUUCCUUUUAUACGAUACGCAAAAAAUUGUCAAAAUAGCCGAGAAUUACCCUACUAAUCAAAUAGCUUGCCCAUAUGAUCCCAUAAACGCUUCGAUGGGUAUUUAUAUGGAUACCUUGAAUAUCUUUAUGAGAAUAGCCAUGAUACUAGCUCACGGUGGAAGUUCUAAUAGAAGAAAAUAAAAUUCAAGAUUUUUAUAAUUUUAAGUUUAUUUUGAAUAUCUCAUAUUAUAUCUUAAUCUUGUAUUGUCUAAUGAUUUUGCCCAAAAAUGUCAAAUUGAUUUCUAAUCAUACUAUGAGUUUAAUUACAUAAUAUAUUUUAGAAAAAUAUCUAUACUGUGGUCGUAAUUAUGACUUAUUAUUAUUACUUAUACUUUUAAAUACCUUAUUCUUCCUGGGUUUUCUUUACUUGUCUUAAAUACCUUAUUCUCCCUGGGUUUUCUUUACUUGUCCUUGAAUACUUAUAAACAUCAUUUGAGAAAAUGUAUUAUCCUAAAUAAUAAUUUUUAUGUACCAAUCAGAAAAUAUAUUUCAAUAAUAUAUGUCCAGAGUUGGGCGUACCACGAAUUUUAUGAUACGUCCGUAAUUGAUUUUCUCAAAAUUUUUAAAUAUAUUAUUUGAGGAUUUUUAUUCCAUGGCUAUAUUUAUAGGGAAUUUUUUCUCCUAUUUUAUUAAUUUUGUAAUUUUUGAUAUCUUUAAAAACUGGAAAUUAUUUUCCUAAAUUCGUUACCUUUUUUUCAAAAGAAUAUUUUUCAUUUCUUGAUAAGUUUGUUCAAUAUUCACUUUUAACCUUAUUAAGUUUGUUGUUUUUUUAUUUUUCUCAUCUUUUUAUAUUUUAUAAUAUAUAUCAUUUUUUUAUAUUUUCACUAGAUAAUUCAAUUUUAUAAUUCCUGAUACAUAUUUAUUAUAUUCUCAUUUAUAAGUUUUGGCAAAUUCCCUUACAACCUUUAUUGUAAAUUAGAUAUUUUAACCCUAUAAAAAGCUACUAGUGUGUCUGUCUGUCUAAUCUAAUAAUGAAUAGGCUAAUGUUAAAAUGUUUAUAUUGAUUAUAUAAUUUAUUUCUACAAUUAUCGAUAAUUUGAAAUGAUUGUAAUAUUGUAUUCAAAUAAUAAUUAUCUUAAUUUAAGGGGAAUAAAUAUAUUAAUUUAUAUUU